UUUGUUGGGCUAUAAAACUGCUUGGAUCCCCACACCUAAUCCUCUCCGAAUCCAGAAGAAAGUUGAGGAGUGCGCCCUAAUUUCUGCAAAAACCAUGGCACCAGCUGGAGCUAAGAGGAACGUCUUGGAGCGCCUGGACGCAGGCGAGAUCGUUAUCGGGGACGGAGGGUUCGUCUUCGCCCUGGAGAAGAGGGGCUAUGUGAAGGCUGGACCGUGGACUCCCGAGGCGGCAGCCGAGCACCCUGAAGCAGUGCGGCAGCUGCAUCGGGAAUUCCUCCGCGCCGGAGCAAAUGUCAUGCAGACGUUUACUUUCUACGCAAGCGACGAUAAGCUGGAGAACAGAGGCAACACUCAGCACUUCACUGGACAACAAAUUAACGAGGCUGCUUGCGACCUGGCCCGGGAGGUGGCCAAUGAGGGGGACGCUAUGGUAGCAGGAGGGCUCUCCCAGACCCCAUCUUACCUCAGCUGCAAGAGCGAGGAUGAUGUGAAGGCCAUCUUCAAGAAGCAGAUCGAUGUGUUCGUCCAGAAGAAUGUGGACUUCUUGAUCGCAGAGUACUUUGAGCAUGUGGAGGAAGCAGAGUGGGCUGUUCAGGUUCUGAAGACAGCUGGGAAGCCGGUGGCUGCCACUUUGUGUAUUGGACCUGAGGGAGACCUAAACGGAGUCAGCCCUGGAGACUGUGCUGUCAGACUCGUCAAAGCUGGAGCUCAGAUUGUGGGUGUGAACUGCCACUUUGAUCCCAUGACCUGUGUGAAGACUGUGAAGAUGAUGAAGGAAGGAGUCGAGAAGGCUGGACUGAAAGCCCACUAUAUGGUCCAGCCUCUGGCCUACCAUACCCCUGACUGCAACUGCCAGGGUUUUAUUGAUCUGCCAGAGUUCCCUUUCUCUCUGGAGCCCAGGAUUUUGACCAGAUGGGACAUGCAUAAGUAUGCCCGGGAAGCUUACAGUGCCGGCAUUCGUUAUAUCGGAGGCUGCUGUGGGUUCGAGCCUUAUCACAUCCGUGCUGUGGCUGAGGAGCUAGCCCCCGAGAAGGGCUCUUUACCCGCUGGCUCGGAGAAACAUGGCAACUGGGGCGGUGGCCUGGUCAUGCACACAAAGCCAUGGGUCAGAGCCAGGGCUCGUCGUGACUACUGGGAGAAUCUGAAGCCAGCAUCCGGUCGUCCGUUUUGUCCUUCCAUGGCCACCCCUGAUGGGUGGGGGGUUACCAAAGGCCACGCUGACCUCAUGCAGCAGAAGGAGGCCACCACUCAGGACCAACUGCAGGUUCUCUUUGACAAGUCCAAGCCCAGCCACUAAGAGCCCCCUCCUCGAUAUUAACAGGGAGGCUGCCCCCGCGGGUGGCAGAAGGGUGGCAGGAAUGAGGAGAAGAGGAAACCAAUAGUUCUGUACGCAAGGAAACUGUGUGCAUGUCUGCGUGUCUCUUUUUGUGUUAAAUGAAAGCAAACCAAAGAACUACACUCCAACACAAAAACAAACAAAAAAAAAUUGAAAAAGCACCUUUCGUCUACAAACUUGAUAUUGGCACAACGAUUAACGGAAUUUCGCUGUUGAGAUUUUUUUGCUGGUAUAAUGAGGGUAUAAUUGUCAGAUACUAGCCCCUAAACCUCAGUUCACACUGCCGCCCAACAAAUAUCAUAAUGCAAUUUGGAAACGAAGCGUACAGUUGGAUGCUUAUAACGGAUGGCGACAUCCUCAACAUUCAAUAGGCAAAACUGGGGCUGGUUGUUAGAAAUGAAUGUACGUUAAUGAAUGUUAAGAUGGCAAACAUUUCCAAAGGAUAUUAUAUGAAAUAGUGGUCAAAUAUGUGGACUACUUCUGAUGUGAAAAACAACUAUCUGUACUAAACGACAGAGUUACACCUGGGAGGAGUAAAGAAUUGUCAUUUUUAAUUUGCUAGUAGGUAUAAUAGGGUGCCCUCCCUAUUCCAGUAAUGAUGAUGUAGCCACACCUGACUUCUCCAAGGAAUAGCGUGUGAGGAAAAUUCCAGGCUGUCUCACACACUUCCCAAAGUUUUCAUCUCAAAGAUUGAAUGCUGACUAUCGAUUACUUGUAUGACCAUUUUACUGUGAACUACGCUGAUGUCACCUACUUUUAACGUCACGCCAUUUUCUGAGUAGAGGCUUUGCAGAAGACGUCCGUCUCUCGGGUCUGUUGAAAUGCUGUUUCCACCACCACAUCCUGGCUUCACUACGAGGCCUUCAUAUUGCACUGCGUCACAGAGGCCGGUGGCAGGUGACACCUCAGUGAUAUACUGUGUCCACGAUGCCAGAAAGAAAGCAAGCCUGACUUUAACGUCCUGAAAGUGAAAACUAAUGUCUUACAAUGAAAGAACUUGGUGAUGGCUGAAACAAUAAAAAAAUCAGUUGUUCAAACUGGA